AUGGUUCACAUGCCUGACACUAAUAGUGCUAAUGUUAGUGGUGCAAAUACUAAUGACAAUAGUGCUAGUGUUUGUGGUGCGAGUGAUCGUUGUGUUGGUGCUAGUGAUGCUAGUGCUAGCAUUAGUGGUGUUAGUGUUGCUAGUGUUAGCGAUGCUGGUGCUAGUGGUGUUGGUUCUAAUGUUACCAGUGCUAGUGCUAGUAGUAAUGGUGCUAGUGGUGUUGGUCAUAGUGGUGCUGCUUCUGGUGCAAUUGGUGCUAGUGUUAGUGGUAUUGGUGCUACUUGUGCUAGUAUUAGCGAGGCUAUUGUUAAUGGUGCUAGUGCUUGUGGUGUUAAUGAUAGUAGUGUUGGUGCUAGUAGUGCUAGUGUUAGUGUUGCUGGUACCAUUGAUGCUAGUGCUGCUGAUGCUUGUGGUGUUAAUGCUAGUGGUGUUGGUGCUAGCGGUGUUCAUGCUAGUGGUGCUAAUGCUCGUGGUACUAAUGCUAAUAAUGUGGGUGCUCGUGGGGUUAGCGUUAGCGAUGCUAAUAAUAGUGGUGCUAGUGUUAGCGAUGCUAGUGCUAGUGGUACUGGUGGUACUGGUGGUAGUGGUGCUAGUUGUGCUAGUGCGAGUGAUGUUGGUACUAGUGGUGCUGGUACUAAUGAUGCUUUUCACUAA